AUGCCUCGGUCAUCGAUGAUCGUAUACCAGGACUCGAGCCGGCCCGCCAGGCGCACGAAGCUAUCACAUCAUCGCCGCAACCUUACUGGCGUUAGUAUCCUGGGAAGUGUAUCAAAAAUUGGUACAACUCUGGCUGGAUUCACUAGUCGGCUCUUUUCGCCGGUCGGACCGCCAAACGGACAAUUUGAAUCAAAGUCCCUAGGUCCUUUGACUAUACAUACCCCCCUUGAGCAAGCCUCUUGGUCUCCGUCCAUCAGCUUUUUCUCCGCCAUGGCUGAAGAGCAUGUGAAUCUAUGGGAGCAACUCGAAGGACCUAGGCAUAAUGCUCCUAUGAUUGAUCAUGAAUGGAUAGGAAUUCAAUCGCAGUCUCAAGGUUAUCGUAUCUUUGUUUCUCCUCAAGAAGCCGAUACGCUCGAGUCGUUCCUCCAUAUGGAUGAUUCAGACGAGGAGAGCAGCGGUCAUCUCACUACCAACCCUACUACCGGGCACAGCGCCUUCUCCGACUGGGACUCUGAUUCCGACUCCGACGAAUCUGAUAUACUAGACGAGCAAUGCAGCCCGUCCACUACGUCGAGCUCGUUGCCUUCGCCGUCAGCAUGUGCGGCAUCAGCGGGCCACUCCUGGCAAGAUGAGCCUGAAUCAGGUGACGAGUAUUGGGACCGACAAACGGCAAGAAUAUGCGCCAAGCACAUUCGAGACAGUCUCCCUGGUAUGACCUCCCGAGGUCUUUUCCCGCUCGAAUGGUUUAUUGCAGAUGUCUUGAAAACUACCCGAGGUUCUGUCCGCGAUGAUACUGCUUUUGUAGCGUUGCAGUUCAUAAGACGAAUUGCCAUAACCUGUCCACUGGAUUACUUUGAAGACUUGUUUUUCAUCUCAUUCAUACUCGCGGACAAGGUUGAAAGUGAUUAUAACCGACCUCUAAGGUGGUGGUGGGGCCGAUGCAACAGCCUUUGGAGUGUCAGUGAGCUCGCGUCUAUGGAGCGACGGAUGUUGCAUGCCCUCGACUGGAACCUUAGCACAUCCCUCAACUGCCACUCGUCGUAUCAAACCUUUCUUGCCGAAAUUUCUUGA